AUGCGUUAUUGUAACAUAUGGGCCUCGAUACACCGUACAUACCACACCUGGAUCAAAACCUCACGCCCCUUUCGCUCUUCCACACCCUACAUCAUCUUCGUCAUUGCCUUUAGCGCCUACACCGACCAAUUCCUCUACGCAGCAAUCGUCCCCGUAACACCUUUUGCCCUCCAACAAUCCCAAGAAGCAGGAGGAGGACAUAUCGCCUCCCACUCCCAAAUCCAAUCCUGGACAACAAUUCUCCUCGCUGUAUUCGGCGCCGGAUGUUUCCUCGCCUCACCUCCCUGGGCAUGGUUUACAGACCAUGCAACGACUCGUCGCAGGCCGUUUUUGCUCGGAUUGCUUGUCUUGUGGGCUGCUACGAUCUUGUUGUGGUUUGCGCCGAAUUUUGCGACGCAGGUGGCCGGAAGACUUGCGCAGGGCUUGUCUUCGGCUGUGGUGUGGACUACGGGGUUUGCGGUUUUGGCGGAUACGGUUGAUUCGGGGAGCUUGGGUGAGGUGACUGGUUAUGUCAACCUGGCAAUCGAUGGCGCUUCGAUGAUGGCGCCCGUCUUGGGUGGUGUUGUCUUUAAGCAUUGUGGAUAUAAUGCCGUCUUUGGCCUCAUUCUCGCUGUCCUGGGCGUAGACACGAUUUGUCGUGUGGCCAUGGUCGAGCCACCACAAGAAGAAGACUCUGCAGUCAUUCCGAAAGGAGAGGUCAGUGAGACGACGAGCUUGGAUCUGAAAUCGUCGCUGCAUAUUGAAAAUGUCAAUCACGCCAGUGGUGCAGAGUCGCAUCGUACGAAAGCUCACCUACCGGCGAUGAUCCGACUCCUCUUCUCCGUACGAUUCGUAGCAGCUCUCUGGGGUGUACUGACUCUCGCCGUCGUCUUCUCGGGUUUGGAAGCCAUCAUUCCCACUACUGUCCACACACGUUUCGGCUGGGACUCGGAAGGAUCUGGACUACUUUUCCUCCCCCUUUCGCUACCGGCCAUGGCAGGGCCUGUACUCGGCAAGAUGACCGAUACUUAUGGCGGCCGUUGGUUUCUCGCAGGCUCCUUUGUAGUGCUCUGUCCGGCCCUCGUGCUGCUGAGACUGGUGACGGAAGAUCGCGUCGAUCACAAGGUGCUUCUCUGCUUUUUACUGUUUGCUGUCGGGUGCUGUAUGGCCAUUAUCCCUCAGCCGUUGUUCAGUGAAGUCGCACAUCGAUCUAGAGAACUUUCACGACAAGACAAGGAAGCUGGUAGAGGUAGCAGGAAAACCCGCAGUGGAGGAUACUAUGGCCAGGCAUAUGGGUAUUAUAAUAUGGCAUGGUCUCUAGGGAACACGCUCGGGCCGCUCCUAUGCGGGUUCACCGUCGAAGCCAGUGGAUGGAAAACGGCCACUUUGGCCCUAGGGGUGCUGUCGGGUGUUACGGCUCUUCCUGUUGUGCUGUGUUGUGAAGGUUGGUGGUUUGAUCGGAGACGCGAGGGACCGACACGGAAACACUCGGGUAAUAGAUGA